AUGGAGCAGCAGUUAUUGGGUUAUGAGCAUGAGAUGUAUAGAUUGGAUCAGACUGAGCACAUUGCCGGGAGGCUUGAUCGAGUGGACGUUGCAUAUCAGUUGGAACUCAGGAUUGAUGGUGAUCCUGUGAAUGGAUGCAUCGGUGGGUGGGAGCAGCACCACCAGGGACGGACCAUUGAGGAGUUAUGUGAGCAGAUACUGGGUGUUGUUCUUGACCCAGAGGACAGACAGUCACGGACGAAGUGGACUGUCAAGCUCACUUGGUUCCACAACACGGUUUAUGGAGAGCUAGAGCAGGAUGCCACAGAGGAGCAGCUGAAGAGGUAUACGAGAGGAUACAUCAUGCAGUUGAUAGGCAGUAUCCUCUUCCCCGAUGCAUCUGACUCUCGGGUGCAUAUCAGGUGGCUUCCCCUGCUGGAGGACAUUGAUGCAUGUGGUAGGUUGUCGUGGGGUUUGGCUGUGCUGGCAUGGCUGUAUCGCCAGAUGUGCCGGGCCACAAAGCAUGGUCAGCGCAACAUGGGAGGAUGCGUCAGCUUGAUGCUUUCUUGGGCCUACCACCGUAUUCCGUUGGUACGACCUGAUGGGUUUGAUGCUCGUCGCUUUCCCCUGGUCGAGAGGUGGGUUCAGUACCGGCCGGACAAUGCCACAGGCGACCGCAUGUUGAGGCAGUACAGGCAUACGCUGAACGGGAUUGGGAUGCUGAAUGUGAGUUAUUAA